AUGCAAGCCGAUUGGGAAUUAUCGCAGCAAUUCAUUUCCGACAGUCAAGGAAUCCGUGCCGCGUGUCCUCUCGCCUCGUCCAACCAAGAUUCGGAUGAAUUCAUGCUCGUGACGGGCAAUCAAGGCGGGGGCCUUUGCGAAUUUGGAAUCACCUCUAGUUCCUUGAAUCCAAUUAGUUACCAGCACAACCAUGCUAUUACAGCCAUAUUGUCUACUUCUGAACCAGAAGCAGAAAAUCAAAGGUACAUUACCGGAUGCAAGGACGCUAUGAUUCGAGUCUUUAGUCGACAACACGAAUUGAUGGCCACGCUCAAGGGACACGAAAAGACGGUUUCCAGUUUGGCCUUUGCCUCUACUAGCGAAAACAAGCAAUUUCUAGUGUCGGGAUCUUGGGAUGGGACGGCCAAGGUUUGGGAUUUGGAACGUCAAAUGAUGGUGGCCACUCUGCCCGGCCACGAAAACACCGUCAGUGUGACGGGACUGACUUCGAAGGACCCAAACUAUUUGCAAAUUGCGACGGGAUCGGCAGGGAUUGCCCAAGGCAAUAUGAUAUCGGGCCACACGGUGCGAAUAUGGUCGGUCGAUGUCAAGACGAGUGAGGUUUCCUGUUUGAAGAAAGUCGCCAAUGACCACGAGGGACCGAUUCGAAAUAUUUUGGCCUUGAAUGAAACUUGUUUGGCAACUUGCUCUAAUGAUGGUACGGUCAAAUUGCGAUCGCCCGAAACUGGAACAGCCUUGUCGACCUUGCAAUUUGUCCCGCAACAACAGCAGCAGCAUCCACCCAUGCUGUUGUCCGUCGCCAAGGCGGGGGAGGAUUCCAUUGUGGCCUCGGCCGAAGAUGGACACGUGGUGGUCUUUAACUUACAAGGAGCUGGAGAGCCACAAAUCUUGUUGCAUCCGGCCUGUGUUUGGAAUGUCGUUGGUUUGCCAAAUGGGGACAUUUGCACCUGUUGCGACGAUGGAACUCUAAGGGUGUUUACUCUCAAUUCGGAUCGCAUGGCGCCUCUACAGGAACGAGAAACGUAUGCCCAAUUGGUGCAAGAGGCACACCAGAAAAAGGGAUCUGGGCCUACUCCAGAAGAAAUUGCCAAAUUGCCGCUCUGGGAACAGAAUUUGCAAGUCCGAGGCAACUCGGAAGGACAAGUCCAUGUUUUCAACAAGGGUGGUGUUGCCAUUGCUGCCCAAUGGAGUGCUGCUUCUCAAUCUUGGGUGGAAGUCGGUCAAGUCAUGGGAAAUGCGGGUGACGGUGGUGCUAUUGAUGGGGUUACCUAUGAUCACGUGUAUCCCAUUGAAGUCGAUCAAACGGGAGGAGGUGUGGCAAAAUUGCAGAUCGGAUACAACAAUGGCGAGAAUCCGUUUGUGGCGGCUCAACGAUUUAUUGAUGCCUACAUGCUGCCUCAACAUCACUUGAAUGACAUUGCCAAUUACAUUCAACAACGGGCAGGAGCGGCAGCUCCAUCACUUGGAGGUGCUGCUGGGGCUCCUGGUGGUUCGGCGUCGGUCGCCACGACGGGAAUUCCUAUGGUAUCCUAUCAACACUUGCCCAUGCCGGGAUACAAGUCCUUUGAAUUGUCGGCCAAGUCGGCGGCCACGACCAUGGAAAAGAUGAAAGCCAAAAUCAAGGGUUUUGGGAAAUUGUCCGAGGAACAAUUGCAACAGAUUGAGUCCUUGGCGAGUACACUCACUGCCACGAGUCGAUACCAUGCCUCCCAAAUACAGGCUGCGGAAUUGAAUGCCAUUAUUAACAUGCUAGAGACAUUUGCACCAUCCGAAGCCUUUCCGGCAUUGGAUUUGGCACGAUUGGCAGUCGCACAUCCUCACGGAGCGGCAGAGAGUAAUGCUGUCUUUUGGGACAAGGUUGUGGUCAAGGCGCUGAGUAUGUGCCAAGAUACGAGUACUUUGGAGGGUCCUGUGGCAGUGGCCAUUCCCAUGCUGUCAAUCCGAUUGUUUGCAAAUUCAUUUCGAGGUGGUCCGGGAUCGCAAUUGGCCGUGGUGGGCCAUUUGGAUGACAUUUUGACCUGUGUCGAUUCCUUUGUGGCCUCGUCGAACAAGAAUGUCCGAUUGGCAGUGGCCACUCUUUUGUACAACAUCGCACAUUACAUUCACACAAAGGCACAGGACGAUUCUACUAUCGCUUCCAGGGUCAUUACUUGUGCGGAUGCCAUUUUGAAGGCGAGAACCUACGAGGCAGAAGCCAUUACCCGCGUCUUGAUUGCUGCUGGAACCGUGGCUCUUGCAAAUCCACAAGCCAAAGAGACGGCCAAGUCAAUUUUCAUGGUCAGUCGGGUGGAAAUGUCGGCCUCGCCACAUGGACAUGUGGCAAAGGCUGUCGCCAAGGAAGUGUACAACGCAAUGCAAUAG